CUGCACUGACAUGUCGACAGUGCAGUGGGUAAAUCUACAGUCAGACAGUAAUACAGUAUGUAACAUUCCUUUCUCUCUUUCGCUCGUGGUCAUGUCACUCACAGUUUACUGAUGCGGCGAACCCUUUUUUACAGUUUUCGCUCAAUUUUCGAGCCUGAGGAGUGCUUCUGUGAUAGAGUUGUAGCUGACCUUGGCUAGAAUUUCUAGUAAGAGAAGAAUCGAUCACUCCCCGAUGCAUCAUGUCUCAAUUCUACGUCGGUGUUCCGGAGGAGUUCGUGUCGGACCCAGCGACCAGCACGAGCUCAGGCGAUACGCUGUCGUCGCAGGGGACGAAUGCGGAUGUAUCUCAUCAUGUCGCAGUCCUGGCGAACAGCAUGCUCUCCGAGCUACAACGUCUUGCUAACGUGUACUUGAUCGAUCCGAAUGAAAUGAGCUCGCUGGCUCGGCUGAUCACGUCAGCACUGGAAGAACUCGACGUCCUGGUCACGGAGAAUGCAGCGAUCGAAUCAGCGGCAAAUCAGGCAAAGUACGAUCUGGAACAGGUCGUCAAGAAGCUUGGCACUGAGCAGGAUCUCAGGCAAACGAGUGAGAAGAGACUGUGGGAAAUUCAGGAUGUUGUGGAUCAGGAGCGACGCCAGUUCAAGGCCGAGCUGGAGCAGAUGAAGAUGUCAAACAUGCAGCUUCAAGAGCGCCUAAAAGCGAAAAGCAAUUCAGCACAAGCCCUGCAGGACGAUUUAGAAGAACUUCGCAAGCGGCAAGCAGAGGAGAGGCAGACACAUCUGGAAGCGAUCAAACGCUACAUGCAGGACAAGGACACUCCUGUUUCCGCUGAACAUGGUCGUGCUAUGAGCAACGCUGCUGUCUUUGCACCGACUGGGACAUUUCGCCGACGCUCGUCCAUCCGCUCGGCCAGAUCUAAGCGCUCCAACACGAUGUCUCCUGCUUCUAUGGCCUCUGAUCCUAGAUCUCCUCCACCACCAGAAUUGGUGGAAGAAACAAUCGUUUCGGUCAGCGAAGAGGCUCAGGAAGGUGCUCGAGAGCUUGUCAGACUGCGGCGUGGUGAGACGAUAUCGCAGUCAUCUGACGAUUGGGAAGCAGCCAUGGGAAUAGGUGUCAAGGACGCAGGUGGCAUGUCCUUGCAGUCCGAGCUGUCCAUGUCCGAUGACUCCAGACCUGAUUCUGCUGCUAGUGGUCAAGUACCGUACACAGAGAUGGAGGGACAAUCUCUGUUGAGUGAUGGAGAUGUUGACGCAGUUAUAGAUGAUGUAAACCAGCUUGCCAAGGAUGCUGCAGAAGUCGAUGAACAGAGGGCCCAGCUUGCUAAGGAGAACUCGGAUUUGAAGGCAAAGAUUGACGAAUUGACAGGUGGCACCGGUGAACUACAACAGCAGGUAGCCUCGCUGAAAACAAGCAAGGAUCACUUGGAAGCACAGUCGAGGGCGUUCCGUGAGGAAAUUUCCAGGCUGAAGGAUGAGGUGGCGAGCGCAAACAGGAAAGCAGUUGUACCCGAUUUCUCGGUUCAGCUUCGCAAGGAGAACGAACGCCUGAUGAAACUCUACUCCUUUUACAAGGAAAAGUGCCAGAACUUGCAAGAGGAGCUUUCAAGGCAAAAUGAACCGCUGGAGACGAACAGUGGCUUGAAAGGCCUGUUUGCCCGUCUGCUGUCUGGCUUGCGUCGCCGUGGACAUGCCGCCGACAAGCAGAGAAUGGUCACACCAACAUCGCCCAGUAGCUCUGUAGAACACAGCAAUGCGUCCUCACCAGACAUUCCUAUCACUGGUGAUGCAUCUAGCGGCCGCCAAAGCAGAGCGUCAGCCUCAUCCAGUGACAGCAAUACAGCAGAUAGCCGUGCCCCGCUCGUGCGCCUACCGCCCGCACGCCCACCGCAACCGAGCGUCACCAAACGCAGUCCUCAGCUGACACCGCGCCGUAGUCCCAACACCAAGCGCUUGUCGCUGGGCCCCAUCGGCAGCAGCACCGCUAGUAGUAGUAGUAGCAAAACAAAGGCAUUGACCAUAUCGUACCGUGCCCGACGCCAGACAUCCACAGAAGUGUCAAUCAACUUUGAUGAGCUUUCCAAGCCUGUGGUAACAAGCACAGGUAUUUUCCAGCCUAGCGGUGACUGGUUAGUGGGAAGUAACAUGUAUAGAAGUAUCAAUGAUGAUCACAAGGCGGUGUCAUCAUGUACAAGUCAAGCAGCGCUAUUCAGUCCGGAGCCCAGCAAGAUUGUUGCUGCCACGAUAUCCACUUGUCAUGGCUCACCGACCACGCUGGACGCUCCGCUCAUUGACUUAUCGUCCACGUCCGGCGAUUCAUCCGCAGCCGCUGCACCUGCAUGUGGUGACCUGUGUCAGCAGAUGUGGGUCUGCACCAAGCAGCUUGGCACACCGUGUCGGCUAGAGAUACUGGACGUCAUUGGAAGCGCUAGUCUACGGCAUACUGGCACCAUCAUAGACAUGGAUGCUCUAACACGUAACGAUACCGUCCUGAGCAUGGAGUUCAUGCCCGACACGGAUGUGGCUACGUCCAGAGGCAUGGUCAGCACCGGUGUGCAACCUCUACAGCCCACACCCGCCGCCACAUCAUCGGUGUCCACGGCUAACGGCAGUAGCAGCAACGGUGCACAAGAUAGUCAAUCUGCUCCCGGCAACACCUCCAUACCCACAGUCUGGAUGGGCACGGACAGCGAAGACGGGCAUGUGUUGAUCUAUCAUGCCAGGCCAGGCCUUCAGCUUGGCGAGAAGCUGCAAGAGUGUCACUUCCAGAACGGCGCCGUCACUUGCAUCAGAUAUGCCUUCCAGAGAGCCUUUAUAGGCUUCUCCAAUGGCAUGGUGUUAGGAUUCAAUCGACAGGCAGGCACACCUUGCGGCUGGAACAUGUUUGCGAAUGAUGAAGACACUUUGAAAUUGGCCGAUCUGAGUGCUCCGGUCAACAAUCGUCAGCUGAAUGAUAUUACGUGUAUGGAGUCUGUAGAAACACUGCUGUGGUGCGCAUGUGGGACCUACAUAUUCUCCGUGGAUCCUGUUUCGCUUACUGUUGUGUCAUGUGCCAGAACUGGCUCUCGACAUCCCAUCAGUCACAUGAUCAGUCUUGGCUGUGGUGUCGUCUUGACAACAGCCCACUCCAGUAAGCUGCAGUUCUAUCACUUGACGUCAUUACAGCAGCUACAAGACUUCGAUACUGCUCCUCUGCAAGAAGUAGUGGAUCAAGGCGGUGACCAGCAUGCAUCCGGUAAGCUGUGCGCCAUAACGUCGCUAGCACUGUGCGAUGGUAGCUUGUGGGUUGGCACCGGCACGGGUGUGAUCCUGCAGCUGGCGAUCAACACGGUGUUGGACACGACGUCGCUACAGAUGGCGCUGGGUGCACCGGCAUGCAGCUUUGACUCGGCAUGUGUGUCACAGUGGAGCCACUGGAGUGCGGUUAGGUCACUCAUGGUCUUGCAAUGUGCCAAUAGUCAACUUAAUGCCGAAGACUCUCAAGACUCAGCCAGCAAUAGCUCUCGCUAUGUUGUGUUCAGUGGCGGCCUUGGCUCUCUAGACUUUCGCAAUGCGUCGCUCGUUGAGCUGAAGCAGAGGUCUCGCUUCACCAGCUUCUCGACCGCGGCCCGGUCCAGCCGUGGUAAAUCCCAUUCCACGGUGGAUGCACUACGGCAGCUGGAGGACGGUGCGCCCAAGUUUCAGCAGCUCUUGGUCUGGAGGUCCUGACGGCUUGCACCGCUUCAGCAAUGCACGAUCUGUUCACAACUGACACAAUGCAGCAAGAAAAUAGUGAGUAGCAGACGACGAUGUCACAAUGCUACACAGUGAGUGAUGUCUCCAAUUGCGAGUUUCAUUACUCAGCAACCUGCUGCUAAUUUAAAAGCAAAAAUGGAAUUUCCCCUGCUAGCUCUAUUUAUUGGCUGGCACGAUGAUGUCGAUACAUUGUUGACCGUGAUGACACCUUUGGAUCCUUUUCUUUCAAAUGUGUGUGUGUGUGUGUGUGUGUGUGCGCGCGCGCGUGCGUGCGAGUAUGUGUGCUUCGUUGUGUGAGUGUGUCUACUGAGCAGGAUAUGCAAAGUUUUCGUAGGACCGGUUUGAGUUUAACUUAAUAAUGCGACUUUCUAACUUUUCAGAUUUUUCAUUCGGUUCAUCCCUUCCAAUGAGCAACUUUGGUACUCCUGUGCAAGUCCUCAAAUAUCCUUCCAGUGUAGGCUGGAAUACUGUAUUUUCGUCAACAUGAAUGCAUACCUAUCCUAAGAAAUGGAUUGCUUGAAGAAAGCUGACCUCUCGAGCAGUUGAGUGUUUUCGCUUUUGAAUAGCUGUUUAUCAUAGUCUUGCACACGAAUCAAACAAUUAUUUCUAUUUUUUAAUGCAGAUCAAUGUUUAUUUGGCCGCCGACUUAACCAUGCAUACCAGUCAUAAUUCUUCAGAGUCACCUCAGUAAGCCCUA